ACUAAGCUGCCACUCCCCCAAACACUGCAAUGCAGCCAUGCUAGCUAGCAGCUACCUACUGGAUCAGUUGAGUGUGCAUAGAAGCUAUUAGCCAAAUUACAAGAUAUGAACUCCAUGGAUAACUGCCUGUAUGCAACUGCAUCUAACUUUGGGGUUGUUGAGGACCAAGACUCCAGGAAACCCUGGGUGAAAGAUGUGACUGUACCAGAGACCAUCAAGAGAAAGUAUCCAUCCAAACAUUAUGUGUACAAAGUGGUUGUCAAGUGGACCAAUGGCUCAGAGACAACCAUUUAUAGGAGAUACUCCAUAUUCUUCGACUUUGUGGUGAAGCUGCAAGAGUUGGUAUCCAAGUUGCUCAUGAUCAACCCUCAGCUGGAGGAUGCAGACCUCACUCUACCAGAUCUACCAGGCAAGUCACUGCUGGUACGGACCCAGACUCACCAGGUGGCAGAGAAGAGACGGAAGAAAGUGGAGGAAUUCUGUCAGCAACUGAUACAGCUCCCACCAGAGAUCUCAGAGUCAGGUUUAGUGUUUGGAUUCUUCAACAUAUGGCCUGACGACACGCUGCUGAGAGAUCAUAGUCAGAGCGGCCCAGGUCAUGUGAUCUCUGCCCCAGUGCUGGUGUCCAAUGGAAAGGACUCCCCCCCUCCCCUCCUCAAGACCAACGGCUCCCUCAGCCUCAGCGAUGUAACCACACCCACCCAGGAGAAGGAGACAUCACCUCCCCCACUCUCACAUUCCGUAGCUGCUAAUGCAAACUCACUGGAUUCGAUCAUCUCCCACCCCGAUGAGAUGGAGAGCUUGGAGCAGUAUCGUGUCCUUGGUGACUAUGAGCGCAAGGACUCCCAUCAGGUGGACCUGUUCACAGGCCAGCUGGUGCACGUCAUAGAGAAGCAUGACACUGGCUGGUGGAUGGUGAUGUCAGAUGAUGAACAAGGCUAUGCUCCAGCUGCUUUCCUUGAGUCUCUCAAUGAUGGCUCACAGGACAAGGACGAGCAGCUGCACACGGACGCGGACGAAGUGUACGAGGCUAUGGAGGGCUACACACCUAUCAGUGAUGACGAGGUCGGCUUCAGGGCUCAGGACAGAAUCAUCGUCAUUGCAAAAUCAAUGGAUGGCUGGUGGAAAAUAAGGUGUAACGGACAGACUGGCUUUGCUCCAGCUGCUCUGAUACGACGUGCCCCAAGUGGACAGAGUACGUUUGAGUCAGAGAAAGCUAUCUAUGAGGAGCUCAACAUUCAUCAACCACCACCACGGAGGAACACUCUGGACCGCUCGCUGGUGAACCAUGUUCCCCCCGGCUACCUCUCCCCUCGUACCCAUCCAGAGCUAGCCAAUAUCAUGGAGAACAUAUAUUGUGACCCCGCAGAGAAUAGCUCAGACGACGAUGAUCAUAUUUAUAAAGUGCCUCGUUCGUCUGUCGACCUACUGCCUCAAUCCAACGGGCCCACAAGACAGAGGAGCACGAGUGGUGGUGUGCUUCGUAGGGGGUCUAGUGGUGGUGGGGGGUCUAGUGAAGUGAGGAGAACAUCUUCCGGUGCUUCUAAUCCAACUAAACGAUUGUCGGGUCAUUCGCAACGAUCGGUUCGAAGUACGUCCAAAUCUGUGUCCCCUACGCCGCCCCAAGGGAGUGACGAAUACAGCGAUGGCACUGAUGGAAGUGAGGCCAUCUACGCUAAUGAUGCAGAGAUGAAGAGUCAAACACCUGUGAAGAAGCCAGUCUUAGCUCCGAAGCCGGCACCACCACCUAAACCCAAACCUAAAGCAGAGCCUGCUAUAGUGGAGGACUUGUAUGAGUCUAUGGAGGCUGCCCCUCUUAGUAAAGAACAAUCUACUCCAAAAAGAGGCUCCAUUGAAAACGCUGAUUUGUCAAAACAAUCUAUCAAAAGUUCUCUAGCAAUCAACAAACCACCACCUCACACUCCAACGAAAGGCAUCACUGCUUCAAAACGAACGCCUCGAAGUUCUGACCUGAUUCCAAACCACACGUCAUGUGACUACGAGGACCUGGACAAGCUGGACCCCCCAACAAAGAGCAACCUCAUCCCUGCCCUCGAUGACUAUGUGGACAUGUCCGGGGUAGAUCCCAUAGAGGACCUCAAGAGAGGCGAUGAGGUCGCCACUAGAGCACCUAAGGACAAGACAGAAGCCCCACCCCCUCCGCCGCGUGUGGGUAAAAUGCCGACGAAGCAGUCUCUCAACAAAUCGUUCAGCAUCGACCCGGAGCUGCCAGUGUUUGAGGAUGAAUACAUUCAUAUGGAGUCCUCCCCCAUGGAAGAAGUACCUCCAACGAAUUCCAUGUCUUCUCCCCCGGCUGCUCACAGUCCCCCCAAACCCAGGAACCCCAAGCCUCCACCACCACCUCCCUAUUCACCCAAAGCCAAAGAUAUACUUACGAGGAAGCCGGCUCUCUCCCGCGCUAAGAGUAUGGAGGACCUCCUCUCCUCCAGUAGUGACACCUCUGAUACAAGAGCUCAACAAUACAGCCCACCUCUCUUACAAAACAACGCUGCCCCGCCCCUUCCUGCUCGUAACCCACCCACUGAAAAACCACCAGAGCGUGACGUCGGUUUCCUACCCUUAAAUAAACCAAAGCCGGGAAAAACUAGGAAUUUUUUCAAGCGAAACAAGCAAACUUCAGAGUUUAAUGAUUAUCAGCAGAAACCUCUGGAACGAAGUGUAUCUCCUAUAGCAAGACACAGUAUAUCCCCUCCGGGCGUACAAGAGAUAUCAUCACACCCACCUCUAAUGCACAGAAACUCUGAGCCUGCACUCAUUGCUGCUAUUAAUCAGAAGAAAAUAACGUACGUGGCUGUAUUCUCGUUCUCGGCAACUUCCGACAGUUGCCUCAGUUUCUCGAUUGGGGACAAAUGUAAUCUGAUUAAGAUAAACCAAAAGUCUGGUUGGUGGCUGGUGAGGGUUGGGGAGAAGAUGGGCUGGACCCCCGGGGACUACUGGAAGGAGCUGAAUGCAAGGGAUCGGUCAGUGUCCAAUGCUCCCCUACCAAGUGUUCCUCCUCCAGUUGUCAGGAAGCCACGCAGUCACACAGAGGCGGCCGUAGAUACCCCCCCUGGAUUAGACUUGACCUCCAGCAGUGACCUCGACAAUAUCCAUAGGUCUAAUGCUCUCCUACCAAGUGUUCGUCCCCCGGUCACCAGGAAGCCACGCAGUCACACGGUGGCAGCCGUAGAUACCCCCCCUGGAUUAGACUUUACCUCCAGCAGUGACCUCGACAAUAUCCAUAGGUCUAAUGCUCUCCUACCAAGUGUUCGUCCCCCGGUCACCAGGAAGCCACGCAGUCACACGGUGGCGGCCGUAGAUACCCCCCCCGGACUGGACUUGACCCCCAGCAGUGACCUCGACAAUAUCCAUAGGUCCAAUGCUCCCCUACCAAGUGUUCCUCCACCAGUUGUCAGGAAGCCACGCAGUCACACGGUGGCAGCCGUAGAGACCUCCCCUGGACUGGACUUGACCCCCAGCAGUGACCUCCUCAACAGUAUCCAUAGCAGCGGAGGGUACAGUGCCGAUAUCGAGAACUCUCUGGUUGACUCCGGGAGACAUAAGGGGAAACCCUCGCCCCCCAAAUCAAUGCCCAUCACAGAGCCAGGCCCUCCAACUCCGUCCAAGAGGCCAGCCAAACCACCACCUCCACAGAAGUACAGCAGCACUAGCAGUGUAGUAGGAGCGCCUCCUCUACCACCAGCUAACGCCACUCGUAGACUUGGCUCUCAGACCUCAGCCCCUGAGGUGGGCCUUACCAGUCCAAGCAGAACUGCCCCAUCCCCCCUUAAACCAGGGGAUGUCCCCGCUGAAGAUUACGUUACACUGGACGAAGUCACCGAGUCGAUAGAAAAUGCAGUUUGGUUUGCUGGAAAGAUGGAGAGAGUUCAGGCUGAAAGUUUCCUAAUGGAUAAUGGAAGACAAAGAGAAUUUCUUGUUCGAGAGAGAACAACUAAAGAUGGCUACUACGCUCUGUCUGUCCGGUACCACUACAAUAUCAGGCACUUCAACAUAGACCCCACCCCUGACGGUCAGUACUGUAUGGGAAGUCUCAUGUUCCCGAGCAUCGACGAUAUCAUUAUACACUAUCAGACAAACUCUCUAUUCAUCCAUGACAACCAGCACGUCACACUCGGGCAAGCCGUAUCUAAGAGGAAGAGCCGCAUGUCUGACAAGGCGAAUGGUGUAUAGCAUGAACAUAUUGUUGAACAGUAAUCAAUCAGUGCUGUGUUUUUAAACUGCAUUUUCACAUCUAUUUGUUGCUCCUUUUAUAUUUUAUGUGAACAAGAAUAAUAUUGUGUGUGCUUUGUGUGCGUGUUAAUGUUUGCCAUGAACUUUAAUAAGAAUGUUGAUGAGUAUAUAUAAAAGUUCAGAAAUUUGUAA